UAAGAGAAGAAGAAGAAACGUUACAUCAGGGGAACAGUUAAAGAACAAAAUGGAGGAUUUCAGAGAGCCAUGCCCCUGGAGGAUUUUUGAGGACUGUGGUGGAGCUUUCACCUUGGGAGCUAUUGGUGGAGGAAUUUUUCAGGCAGUAAAGGGCUUCAGAAAUGCUCCUUCGGGGAUGAGCCACAGAAUGAGAGGUAGUAUGACUGCCAUUAAGACCAGAGCUCCACAAAUAGGAGGUGGUUUUGCGGCGUGGGGAGGUGUUUUUGCCAUGGUUGACUGUGGUUUAAUAAGAGUACGAGGGAAAGAAGAUCCCUGGAAUUCAAUAACGAGUGGGGCCCUGACCGGAGCUAUUCUUUCUUCAAGAAGAGGACCAGUUACUAUGAUUGGCUCUGGAAUUAUGGGAGGUAUUCUGCUGGCAUUGAUGGAGGGUUUUGGAAUCAUGCUGACAAGAUUUACCUCUCCAUCGUUCCCAACUGGGCCACAAUUCGCAGAAGAACCUGCCCCCGGACCCGCUCCCAUUCCCACUUCCCCUUUUGGACAAUAUCAGUGAGAGAAUCACCUCACUCCUUUAUUCUCUAGACCCUUUUUUAAAUUCCUUGCUGAAGUUACAAAGAAGAAAUGGAUGUGCAGAUUACCACCACAUCACACAGUAGAAUCUGUGCUCACCAUCAUAAACUGCCUGAGAAGUGAAGAACAGACGAGAAGCAGGUCAUUUUUCACGAGCCAUCUACAGAUCUGCCUCUCGCCAUCCUCUGCCCUGUCACGUGCGUCAGUGUCUCUGAGUUACAAACAUGUUGAAAGUUAUUCGAUAUUUGUGAGCUUGUGGGGACGGGGUGUGCGUCCUGUUUUGUUCACUUACAGUUCAUACCCCAUGUAGUGCUGAAUCUCCAAAACAAAGAUGUUGCACAUGAAAAGCGUAAUAAAUUAUGUAUAUAUGCAUUAAGGCUUUCUGCUUGUGUUCAUGUAUGUCAAUCUUUAUUUACCUUUAAUACGUCACAUGCUUGGGUUGGUCAAAAACUCCUCUGCCUUUUUACGUUUUACUCAGAGCUAUAAAGUCAUACUUCUGAAUAUUAGUUUGUUUUAAAAUGUUUUUUUUUAAUUUAUUUUAGAUUGUAAAGAGUUUUCUUUGACUGUUCUGUUUCAUGUGACAGCAAUUUUUACAUCGGUGCACAAUGUGGUAGAUCACUAUUUGACAAAGAUGACACAGGCACUUCAUUUGAACGGAGAAACUCAAGCAAGGGAUUGAUGCAUAUUCUAUUAAAUCUGUAGAUCAAGUUGUACUGUGGUACAAUAAAACAUAAAUUGUAAA